GCAAAAUAGCAACUCACACAAUGACGACCUCAACCCAAAUCAGAAAUACAAUCUCACCUCAAACAGCUGAAAGCACGACAAGCACGCCGGUGACGACCGCACCGCAAAACACAAGGAGUUCCAAAAGCCAGAGUUUAGCUAAAACCACAUCGCAAACGAUGGCAAGCACGCCAAUGAUUCUUGCUACCCAAAGGCCAUUAAACACGACCGUAUCCACAUUCAGUACCGCAGGUCACGGCGGAGAACCUACCGCAUCCCAAACAUCUGAAACGACGACAAUUGCGAAUCCUGAAACCCCAAACCCAUCCGACACAAGCGUUUUAGCAACCAGUACAAGGCCGAGCACCACGCGGGCAACAACAAGCACGGCCAUACUAGCAAGUCCUGCGGCGGCACUAACGUCCAAGACUACUGCAUCUCAAGCCACAACUUCGACCGCCGCUGCGGCGUUAAGUACCACCGAAUCUUCAACGGCAGCAAAGAGACCCACAACGACAGCUACUCCAGACGUAACCGCGUCCACGCCAGAAAACGCGACUCCAAGGAUGACGACAACUAACAUCAUGCUAACCACCACGCUAAUGACAAAAGCGAUAGAAACCAUAUCCCAAACACGUGAAACAAUGGCAACCACACCUACAAUCAGCGCAACCCCAAAUCCUAAAACCACAUCGCCAAAUAAUGCAACGCCAAGCGCCACGCCGACAGUCAUGACUGCGAUGAACCAAAACGCGACCGCAAGUCCCACAACGUCUGCGAACGCACUCCAAAACGCAACAACCCCAACCAAAACCAUGUCUUCACCUCCACCAACGACCACAUCUAAGACUAGCAUCAGCACUGCCCCGCAAAAGCCAACUCCAUCCGCAGCCAGCAGAAUCCCGAGCGCCGCAACGGUGACUACCAAGCGUCCCAACUUGAGUACCACCUUCUCACAAGCCCCUGAGCCCAUGGCAAGCGCGCCUGCGAUGACCGCUAGCCAACAUCCGUUCAAGUCAACCAAAUCUGCAAUUAGCGCAACACAAAACACCACGCCGGCAGGAAGAAGCGCAAGUGCCGCAACGGCGGUCAAAUCCGUGACUACUUCACCGCAAAACACGACAACCGCAACCACGCCG